AUGUACGAAGACUCGGAGCUUCUGCUUCGAUACGCAGAAGAAACCGACGACGAUAGCUACGACUCGGCCGUCGAAUACGAAUUCUACAAUGGCACGGAUCCUUGGGACGAGAAUCCCUACGAGGGACGCGUUUUCCACGGAUUUGCUCAGCUGCCUCCAGAGCUGCGCCUCAAGAUCUGGGAGCUGGGCCUGAUAGAGGCAGCGCAGCCUCGCGUUCUUCAGUUCGAAGUUCGUGCUAUCUCUCGAAAGAUGCCCGGCGUUUUUACAGAAAACGAGUAUGGCGACCAAAUCCAGCGUCUGUUUCGGGAUUGGCACAUUCGGCCCGGCAAAGAUCUGGCCCGCGUAACCAAGCGGACGCGCAUCCUCAUGGCCGUCAACCGAGAGGCUCGAGAGGUCGCUCGCAAGAUUCUGCCUCACACUCUCAAGGUUCAGAAUCCUGCGAGAAAUGGCUAUGGAAUGGUGUCCUUCAACCGGGAUCGAGAUGUUGUGCAAAUCGACGGAUACGAAAAAGGGCACAUCAGUCCAUUUGCUCCUGAUAAGAGAUUGGAAGACAGCGCAUAUCAUUUCGACGGCUUCGCGGAAAAUGUGGUGCAGCUUGCAAUUGACGAACACGCCUUUAACGACAAUGACACGGAUAUCGACACCGCUCCUUACUUCAUCCACGCCAUGGAGCCAUUCUAUAAUCUCAAGCGGCUAUUUCUUCUCGCCCAAAUUGUCCUCCCGUUGGCCCCCUACGUGCAGCGCUGGUGUGGCUCGGAUUUCGUUUAUACACAUACUACCGCUAUAAAAGACAGAGGCAAUGACUAUUUUUGGACAAAACGAUGUUGGCCGAAUGCGGACGACUACGACGACUUUGUUCGUAACAAUGUCCCAACCCCAAUGAUAAGAGAUAUAUCCCAUCCAUUACCUUUUACUCGGAGUAUCUCAGUCCUCCCAAUGCUCGCAUUCGAUGAUUCAGAGGGCUUAAAAGCUCUGGAUAAAGCGAGGGUAAGGUGGCGGGAGAGCUAUGAACGCGGCGUUCCCAUCUGGGAAGUCUCUGAUUCUUCAUCCGACUCCGAUGCCAGUUCCCAAUCUGAGCCUGACGAAUACGAAAGCGAGGGAAUCGAUGACUCCGAAAUCAUUGACAAUGAUAGCGAAGACAAUAGUAAUGAGGAUGACAUGUCUGGAGAUGAAGUUUAUGACGAUGAUGACGACGUUACCCUAGAUGGCAACGAGGUGGGAGAAAUCGUUCCCGUCUUUUCCAGCCCAGAGCCAGAGCCAGAGCCAGAGCCGACUGGCCUCGGAAGCUCUACCCCGGAUGCGCAGAACUCUCGGAAACGGCGAAUUGUAGCUGAUUCGGAUGAUGAGGAUCCAUCUGAAGGACCAGGAGCGAAGCGAGCUCGCACUAGCCGCCCAGCGCGAGUCGUCACGUCAGACACGGAGGAUGAAGGAGUGAGCGAGCCCAACGGCACUAGGAGAAGUCGCAAGCGUGUGGCGAUUGUUGACAGCGAUGAAGAAGAAGAUGACGACGAUGGUAAUGACGUCGAAGUCAAUGGAAUGGGCGAGGAUGGGUCCAGCAGCAAGAAAGACGGAAAGGGGGCUUCAAAUGGAGUAAAGAGCAAUCAUAGAGGCCAAGAGGAUGAUGAAGAUGAUGAUGAAGAAGACGAAGAGGAAGAAGACGAAGAGGAAGUCACAGAUGUAAGGCAGUUGAGUUUAGCCACUCGGCUUGAUCUCAUGCCACAAAGGCAUCCCUCGUCACGCAAGAGAAAGGCAGAGGACGACAUGAGUACAGAUCCGGAAGAGUACUCUGAGGAUGAUGAUGACGAUGAUGACGAUGACGAGGACGAGAGAUCCGAAGACGAUCUUAUCGAUGGUAUUGCGGAGGAGUCUGACGAGUCCGAUUAUGAAUGA